GCCGCGCGGGCCACCAUGGCCACGGACGAGCUGGCCACAAAGCUGAACCGGCGGCUGCAGCUGGAGGACGAGGGCGGCAGCGAGGCAGCGGAGCAGCCCGGCCUGAACGGGGCAGCAGCGGCAGCGGGGGCGCCCGACGAGGCGGCCGAGGCGCUGGGCAGCGCGGACUGCGAGCUGAGCGCCAAGCUGCUGCGGCGCGCCGACCUCAACCAGGGCAUCGGCGAGCCCCAGUCUCCCAGCCGCCGUGUCUUCAACCCCUACACCGAGUUCAAGGAGUUCUCCAGGAAGCAGAUCAAGGACAUGGAGAAGAUGUUCAAGCAGUAUGAUGCCGGCCGGGAUGGUUUCAUCGACUUGAUGGAGCUAAAGCUCAUGAUGGAGAAACUCGAGGCCCCCCAGACCCACCUGGGCUUGAAAAACAUGAUCAAGGAGGUAGAUGAGGACUUUGACGGGAAGCUCAGCUUCCGAGAGUUCCUCCUGAUUUUCCGCAAGGCAGCAGCGGGAGAGCUACAAGAGGACAGUGGGCUCCACGUGCUGGCCCGCCUCUCUGAGAUCGACGUCUCCACCGAGGGCGUCAAGGGGGCUAAGAGCUUCUUCGAGGCCAAGGUCCAGGCCAUCAAUGUAUCCAGCCGCUUUGAAGAGGAGAUCAAGGCAGAGCAGGAGGAGAGGAAGAAGCAGGCUGAGGAGAUGAAACAGCGGAAAGCAGCCUUCAAGGAGCUGCAGUCCACCUUCAAGUAGCCAGGGGCUGGGUCUGACCACCCAGCAAUGGCCCAGCACCCAGCCCAACAGGCGAGGGCAGGUGUGGGUGGGCAGAUCAGGGGCCGGGACUGCUGCUCAGCCGUCUCUGAAGGGACCACUACUAAAAACCUAAUAUCUGUGAAUGGAGCAAGUGAGGGAUCCCUCGUGGGCCUGGCCUCUGCCUGCUCCCUCCCGCUGUUCUUGGGCCGUGACACCAGCUCAGCUCCCUGCCUGGCCCUGUCCUCCCUGGCAGUUCCUGCGUCUCUAGCAUCUAUAUCGAGCCCCGAGUACCCUGCUGCCUGCUCCAGCGUUGCUCUCUUGGGGCCCAGCUCCUGGCUCGAGGGCACUUGCUCCCUGCCCAUGUGCCUCCCUUCUCAUUGUCCUUUCCACCCCCGUCUCUCUCCCUUGUCACCUCUUGCCACUUCCAGGCUCUGGGCCUGUGAAGGCUGCCUGCCCCUAACCAUCAGAUUUCCUGCCUCCUAGGGCCCUGGAGAGUUCCUUCCGGGACCUCAGAAGGGGAAAGGCCUGGGGGCAUCAGAAUUGGAAAGAAUCAUGGCCGCUGGGCAGAUUGAAAUCCAAGGGGCUUUUCUUUCAGCUCUGCCUCCUUUCUACCUGGAUGUGUGUGUUGUGGGGGAAGAUUUCUACCUUGGUGAAGAGACCCAGGCCCCUGGCACCCCAUGCUGACAUCCAGAGCCCAGAUCUCAGGACCCAGCAGGGCAGGGUGAGGGGACAGCUGUGCCAAUCUACCUCACAGGCCCACCCUCUGCCAGGCAUGCCACAGGGCCAUGGGCAGGGGAGGCUCAAGGGGGCAGCAGCACCACUCCCCAGUCCCCUCCAAAACAGCCUAAGGGUGCUGGGGCUCCUGAGAGAGUAGGGUCGGAGGAGGAAUCAGCCCCUUGAUAGGGAAGGCAACCACCGCUCCGUCUUGGUUCUCCGGGAAGCGUCCAGAAAGUGCUUUAUGUGUCUUGCAUGCACCAGGUGGUGGGGAGCAGAGCGGCCUCGCUCAAGUGGCAUCUACCUUGCCACCAGCAAUGUGACCUCUCCCGCUGUGCCCACCAUGAGGAAGCCUAGGGACCCCAGCCCUCCUUGUGCCCAUCGCCUGGCAGGCCAUGGCCAAGCUUGCACCGCAGGCUCAUUCUACUGCAGUUCCCAAUGUGCUUGCUCACGUGCGUGUAUGUGUGUGUGUGUGUGUGUGUGUGUGUGUCGUCGCUGUGUCGUGAAACUGUGACUGUCACCCAGCCCAAACAAAAAAGCGGCCCUCGAGGCCACAGGGUUAUGCAACUUUCUGUGUGUGUCAUGACAGCGUCACUGCUUUUGAACUCGGUAACUCUUUGUUUCAGUAAAAUGCCUCAAGAGUCCACGAAGCUCCCGUUGUUGGGCUUGCAGAGGUAUUAUUUUUUUGGCCUUAGAAUCUGCAGAAAUUAGGAGGUCCUAACCCUGGUGCAGCAGCCCUGGCUCUGGAUUGUGUUUGCCUUAGCAAAUAUGUUUAUACAGAUGAAUAUAAAGAUUUGGCAUUUUGCUUUUUAUUUUUUCCUCCCUUCUCGCCAAAAAAAAAAAAAAAGCUACUUCUUCAUUCAGUGGUACGAUUAUUUUUUUUAACUAAAAUAAGAUAAAAUUCUAUAUUCCU